AUGUGCGGAAUAAGCUGCAUCAUCCACCAGGAUGACCCCACCGCAGUCGACACGACGCGACUCAGCUCGCAGCUCGACAAGAGCCUCGAAACAAUCAAGCACCGCGGCCCAGACUCGCGGGGCCAAUGGAUCAGCGGCGACAAACGAAUUGCCCUCGGCCACGUCCGGCUUGCCAUCAACGAUCUGAGCCCCGACGGCGCGCAGCCCUUCCAUGACGCGUCUGACGCCGUCCACGCCGUGGUUAACGGCGAGCUGUACGACUAUGAUGCCAUCCGUGCCGAGCUCGAGCGCGAUACCGAUUACAAGUUCAAGGGCCGCUCUGAUUGCGAGAUCGUCAUCGCGCUAUAUGAGCACUACGGCCUGAAUUUCUUGUCUAAGCUGCGUGGUGAAUUCGCGCUCUGUCUGUAUGAUGCGCGGAGACAGUUCUUUGUCGCGGCCAGGGAUCGUUAUGGCAUAAAACCGUUGUUUUGGAUGCGAGACCAGGGCAGGAUUUUGAUCGCAGCGGAAGCUAAAGCGUUUCUGCCACUAGGCUGGAAGCCUCAGUGGGAUGUCAAGAGCCUGCUUGAUGCGGGGUGGAACCACGAUGAGAGAACUUUGUUUGAGGGUGUUAAGAAGUUGAGGCCUGGGCAUUAUCUUACGUGCCAGUCGUUUAAGCACCUCGAACAGAGGCCGUACUGGGAUAUUGACUAUCCUGACAAGAGAAUGCCGGAUCCUCGCACAGAAGAGGAGAUGAUAAAAGGCGUUCAAGAGCGGAUGCUGGAAGCGGUUCGUCUUAGGUUACGUGCAGAUGUACCUGUAGGCGUGUACUUGAGUGGUGGCAUCGACUCUUCGGUAAUUGCUGGCAUGGUUACACAUCUGGUCAAAGAACGUGGAGAAAAGAUUGGAAACGAGAAGGAGACUGACCGCGUGAGCUGCUUCAGCAUAGCUUUUGAUGAAGAGAGCGGCUUCGAUGAAUCAACUAUUGCAAACCGUACGGCAGAGCAUCUGGGCGUCAAAUACUACAAGAAACACAUGAACGAAGCUGAGCUUGCUGCUCGCUUUGAGGACGCGACCUACCAUUGCGAACACCACAACCCAGACCUGAAUUAUAUCGGCAAAUACGCACUUUCCGAUGUUCCCCGAGAAGUAGGCUUCAAAGUCGUGCUGACGGGCGAAGGCGCGGACGAGAACUUUGGCGGCUAUCCUGUUUAUCUGCCCGACUAUCUGCGCGAACCUGACCUCGCCUGGCAGGCAAACACACUCCCUGAGGAGGAGCGCAUCAGGCAAUGCGAAGAGGCUGAAGAGGCGGCGAAACAGUAUUACCAGUCCGUUGGCGCGGAUGCCAGAAACAGAGGCCCUUCUGUAGCGAGACGUAUGCUCAACAACAUCACGACUGUCUCGUCGAUGACGGCCUUCACACUGCAGGUCUUUGCUCCAUGGACGGAAUGUUUUGGUCUCUGCGAUCCGCAGCUUACUAUUGCAAACAAUCCGGACGGCCGUGUCAGAGAAUGUAUCUUGAACAAGUGGCAUCCGUUGCAUGCGGCACAGUACGUUUGGUCGAAAGGACAUCUGGCCAAUAUAUUUCUUACUUGCCUGGGCGACCGGACUGAGAUGGCUCAUUCGCUAGAGGCGCGGACACCGUUCCUCGACCACCACUUGACGGAGUAUGUCAACGGACUGCCGCCGAGUGUAAAGAUCAGAUGGGACCCUAAGGAGCAAAGGUUUGUGGAGAAGUGGAUUCUGCGAGAGGCUAGUAGGCCGUUCAUUACCAAGGAGCUGUACGAGCGGAAGAAGCACCCAUACUCAGCACCUACGACGUAUCCAGCUCACGGGCCUCUGCACAGGCUCCUAUCUUGUCUGAUGACGGAGGAGAACGUGGCGAAGCUAGGCUUCGUGGAGUGGAGUAAGAUAAAAGGCCUCAUUGAGAGUGCGUUUGAGCGGGAUGAUCCCUUGGCGAUGCGCUAUGCAUUUACCAUUGCGCAAUGGGUAGUCAUCAGUCAGCGGUUUGGAGUCGAGGCUGCGAAGCCUGGGCGGCGGUAA